UUGCUCUAUAGAACAUUCUCUACAAUAAGCAAAGCACUGUGAAAUUGGAAGUACCUUAGGCUAUUUGAUUUAAAAUCAACAAUGUCUUUCUCUAGCAAUAACUACUUAAGGAGCACAAGCUCUACUCUGCAACCCACUGGGCCAAGUUUAGGCAGUACUAUCUACAGACAAACGUCCAUCAAAAAAUACCGACCACCCAGUGUCCAUGGAGGAGCUGGUGGUUAUGGAAUCCGUAUUUCCUCUGGUGUCAACUAUGGUGGUGGCUCUUGGGGUAGCUUUGGCAGUGGUUUUCAGUCCACCAAUGACCUGCUUCUUGCUGGCAAUGAGAAAGUGACCAUGCAGAAUUUGAAUGACCGUUUAGCUUCAUACCUGGAAAAGGUACGGUCCUUAGAAACCACCAACUCCCACCUCGAAAAGCGGAUCCGGGAAUGGUAUGAAAACAGCUCCCCUACAACUAGACAAGACUACUCUGAAUAUUAUAAGACUAUUGAAGACCUCCAGAGCAAGAUUAUUGCAGCACGACUAGACAACACUCAGCUCAUCUUGCAGAUUGACAACACCAAGCUGGCUGCUGAUGAUUUCAGAAUAAAGUAUGAGACUGAGCUGGGGCUCAGACAAAAUGUGGAAAAUGACAUGACGGGGCUGCUGAGACUAAUUGAUGACUUGACCCUGAUAAAGGCUGACUUGGAGCAUCAGGUGGAAGGUCUGAAGGAAGAACUGGCUUACCUCAAGAAGAAUCAUGAAGAGGAAAUUGAGAGAUUGCGUCGGCAGCUGAGUGGCACUGUGACAGUGGAGGUGGAUGCCGCUCCAAGCAUUGACCUUGCACAGAUUAUGGAUAAUAUGCGCCAGCAAUACGAAACCAUGGCAGACAAGUACCGUGAAGAAGCUAAACAACGGUUUGAGAAACAGAUUGAAGAAUGGAAUGUGGAAAUAACCACCAACACUCAACAAGUUGAGAGCAACAGAAAUGAGAUUACAGACCGGAGACGCAUACUCCAGGGCCUGGAAAUUGAACUCCAAUCCCAGCAUGGUUUGAAAACAAAUACAGAGAAUGCUGUGGCAGAGAUCGAGGCACGUUAUGGAGUGAUCUUGGCCCAAAUACAGGCCUCCAUUGUGAAUGUGGAGGCCCAACUGCUACAGUUGCGAGAGGAUAUGGAGCGGCAGAGUUUUGAGUAUAACAGCCUCUUGGAUAUUAAGGUCAAGCUAGAGGCAGAGAUUGCCACUUAUCGCCGCUUGCUGGAAGGAGAAGACAGCAGAUCCAUUUUGGAACUGGAGAUUGCAAAAAGAGAAGAAGCUGAGAGAGAAAAGAAUAAACUUCGGAAGAUCAAGACUGUUGUUGAAGAGAUAGUUGAUGGAAAAGUGGUCUCAUCCCAAGUCAGAGAGAGAGAAGAGAAGAUGUAGCCAGCAACGAAAUGAUUAACCUUGUAUUAAUGUUAAUUGCAAACAAAAACAAAAAAGCCCUUGAUUUCUAUGCCUCUAUGACGUUUUUCAACAGAUCUAACAAGAGAGUUGAAUUACGAAGAG